CUGUGAAGUGUAUGGUUUCUGCAACAUAAAUUUCUCAAAAAUAAAGAAGAUGGGCCAGGCAAAGAUAGAAGGUCCUCUUUCUAAGUGGACGAAUGUCAUGAAAGGAUGGCAAUAUCGAUGGUUCGUCCUAGAUGACAAUGCAGGACUACUGUCCUACUAUACUUCAAAGGAGAAGAUGAUGAGAGGUGCCAGACGAGGAUGUGUCCGACUCAAGGGUGCAGUUGUUGGUAUAGAUGAUGAAGACGAUAGCACGUUUACAAUCACAGUUGACCAAAAGACAUUUCAUUUCCAAGCCCGUGAUGGUGAUGAGAGAGAAAAAUGGAUAUGUGCAUUAGAAGAUACCGUUGUACGACAUUCCCAGCCUCUGAGGAAAUGGGAAAUGAAAUCUGUCCCAACGCUUGUAGACUUUGACAAGAAGCUGGCUGAGACGGAUGCAUAUCUUCAGCUGCUGAUUGAUCAGGUUGAGGCUUUGGGACACAAGAUCGACCAGUGCGAAGAUGAAGCUGAGAGAGAGAAAAGUUGUUUGAUUAAAAUUUCUGCAGAGAAUAUGGUAGAAGCUAUAAAACAGUCCAUAGUAUAUCUGCAAAUAGCCAAGCAAAACACCAUUAGUCCUCUUCUGAAUGGUCCGUCAUUUCAAGAAAGUGCUGCAAGGGAGAUCGCAGAAGGUGCACGGCCUUCAGGUGCAGUGUCUAGCGACCACACACCCAGUGAUACAGAACAGAGUGUUGAGUUCUUCGAGGACACUGCGGAAAGCCUACCGCCUAACAGCCUUCAAGGUGUUGGAUAUUUUCCAGAUGCUCAAUCGAUGGUGCAAAGAUCUGGCUCUGGCGCAACAACAAUGCCCUCUAUGGGACCGACUCCCGUACCAGAAACGUCAUACUCAAGUAGUGAGGAUGAGGAUGAUAACUUCUUUGAUGCAGAGGAAGAAUCAACGUCUGCUAAACAUUCUAGUCCAUGUAAAAAUUUGGAAGAGGUUGAUGAAGACGAGAAAGAGAAAGAAAAGCCAAUUGUGAUCGCGUCUGCUGAUGAUAUUUUUGAUGAGCUUUAUGACGAAAAUGAUGAUGAAGAUUUGGAGUCAUUGGACCAACAUGGGAGUGUGAUCACGCACCUUCUCUCCCAGGUCAGGAUUGGUAUGGACCUGACCAAAGUAGUUCUACCGACGUUUAUUCUUGAAAGGCGGUCGCUGUUAGAGAUGUUUGCUGAUUUCUUGGCUCACCCAGACAUCUUUGUCAGCAUUGCUGAUUUCUCCGACCCCUACGAUCGAAUGGUGCAGACGGUGAGAUGGUACCUCUCCGCAUUCCAUGCUGGCCGUAAGAGUGAGGUCGCUAAGAAACCGUACAAUCCUAUCCUUGGAGAAACAUUCCUGUGUUACUGGGAUCUCCCAAACCAAACGAAACCAGAAAAGAGGGAAUUGAACACUGAUGGCCCCACUCCCUGGGCUUAUAAAGACAAUCUUGUAUUCAUAGCUGAGCAGGUCUCACAUCAUCCUCCAAUUUCUGCCUUCUAUGCUGAACACGCCAACAAAAAGAUAUCAAUCGACGGUUACAUCUGGACGAAAUCAAAGUUCUUAGGUCUGUCAAUAGGGGUGCACAUGAUCGGCCAGGCCGUCAUAUCAGUUGUUGACUACGACGAGGAAUAUUUGAUUACAUUCCCAAGUGGCUAUGGCAGAUCAAUCUUGACAACGCCAUGGAUUGAACUGGGCGGCAAAUGUACAAUAUCAUGUCCGAAGAGUGGAUACUCUGCGAAUAUCAACUUCCUCACCAAGGAUGAGGUUGGCUAUCACCGUGGAAAGCCAUUUUAUGGUGGAAAGAAGAACCAACUAUCAGCCGAGAUAUUUGCUCCGGAUGAGAAGAAAUCUUUCUGUAAUAUACAAGGGGAAUGGAAUGGUGCAAUGUUUGCUCAGUUUGCCAGCGGGAGAAAUGAAAUAUUUGUUGAUACAAGGAAUACUCCAAUCAUGAAAAAAAUGGUGCAGAAGUUAGAAAAACAGGGCGAUUAUGAAUCACGGAGAUUAUGGCGGGACGUCACGUAUAGUCUCAAGAUGAAGAACGUGGAGAAAGCGACAGAAGGAAAGCAGAAACUUGAACAACGACAGCGAGAAGAGGCCAAGGACAGGAAGGAGAGAGGGGUGAACUGGGAAACAAACCAUUUCCACGAGGUCGGUGAACACUGGGUUUACGACAACUCACUGAUGAAGAGAUUAUCGCGUAAAUAUCAGGAGCAGCUGUCUCAGCAGCUGCAAAUGCAACAGGAGGAGGAGGAGAGACGGAGGCAGGAGCAGACGGCAGUUACCACGGCAACAGUGGAAGCAGACGUACCUGAAGUGAUACAAGCAGACGACAACGAUGCUGAAGAUGAAGACGAAGCGGAAUUUGUGGAUCCGUACGAUGACGAGGAGGAGGCAACGGGUGAAAAUAAACAAGACAAUGAUUUGAUUUCUCUGGAAUAAUUGACAAUUCUGACUUGAUACAUACUGUAAAAUCACUUUCUUUGGUGUGGGUUUUAUUUCAGCAGGCUAUCAGUCAAUCUGUCAAUCUUUCAAUCUUUUAACUAAUAUAGUGCUGAGUGAUCUAUGUUUGAUAGCGCCCGAAUUAUAACUAGGAAUAUUAACAGCUGCUCGAUUGACAGGACGCGCUAUUCCACAAAAAUCAACCCACCUCACAUGUACAUGUAGUCUUAUGUAUGAAAAUAUCCAAAGGGGUUUUCUGUUUUGACCCAAGCAAAGAUGGCGAGAAGAGAAAAAAAGAUUAUGACAAGAAAUAUAAUCCCUGCCAAAAUGAGUGAUUCUACAGUUUAGCAACGACUUUAUAUAUUAGGGUUUCCUAGUUUGAUAGGGUGAUCUUGGUGUAAUACUGCAUAUUCUAUUAGAGUCUGUGUGGAAGUCGGCAGGAGUUGGAUCGAGCAGUGCUUGGAUAAAGGAUUUGAGGGUUAUUUCAAAAUCUAGAAAAGCUGCUUCAAGUGGAAUUGAAACUAAGGUGUGAGACUUGAGGACUCUCUUGUCUUCAUUGUCAGAUGUGAAAUCAGGUUUGAAAGGGUUGGGGGGGGGGGAUGGUGCCGAAUUGAUACAGCAUUUUAUGCACUUAAUAGUGGUGCUUUUGAUGGCAAUGUAAGAUUUGUAUUUGUGGAAUCAUGUCUGUUUGAAAUAAAGGUUAUUGUGCUACAGACGAAGACCACGUGCGCGAGGUGCGAUGAUGACGUGAAUCUGACGACCAAAAUGGCAUCUUUUCUUUGAUGAUGUCAUCUGCACAGCCUCCGUUGUAUCAGAUUAUAAGGACUUGUAUUGUUGCAGAAUGAGUAGAAAGAUUCCUGUUUUAUAGAUGGCAGUACUUGGAUGCAUCAGAAAAUUUACAAAAACAUUCUAAUGUUUGUCUUUGAGUACAUGUAAUUCGUCAAACCCCAUAAUGCAAAUGUAAUACGGUACUUUAAUCCUGUCUUCCAGUAAAAUAGGUUUUUAGAAUGCUUAAACUUUAUGAUUGUAUAAACACUUUUCUUAAAGGGGGACUAUAGACAGGUAGUAGGAGGACCAGUUGGUGGUUUCUGGGUGGUUAUUCUUAGGGAAUUGGGUCUAAUGUCUGUCUGAAAUUUAUCAACAGUUGUAGCCUCGUCACUUGUCUGACUCGGGAGCUGAUAUUCAGUCAUGAUGUCAGCUGUAAAAAGCAAACAAGUCUGAUUGUUUCCUGCACCCUGAUGCAAUUAAUCAUGACGUCUUUUGACCCCAGCAUGUGCUUCACUCAAAUGGAGGAAUGUAGUCUAUUAUAAGUUAGAGUGUAAUAUUUCCUGUAAAAAUCACAUGUUUGCAAUAUUAUGACAGAAAGAUGUUUGUAUGUACUUGGCAUUUACUAUAUGUAUUACCUUCUAAGUUACUGGCCUUUACUAUGUAUUGUAUUCUAGCCAAUAAUUGAUAUUUUAUGCAUUUUCAACAAUCUAAAAUCUUUGUCCAUAUCCCAAAUCAGAUUUACUGUAUAUGCUGGUUCAGGUUUUGGGUUAGGGGAAAAUUUGUCAUCUGUCGAAUUAUGGAAUUUUCUCAAAAACACCCCAAAUCUAAGUAAACUUUUGCACUCAUUUCAACUUCCAAUGAGGACUUCCAGAAGUAAUUGCCAGUCUGGCACUGAAGUGGUUCUUGGAUGCAUCAUAAAAGGUAAACUGUACACAAGCAUUCUACCAACAGUAAAAAAUGUAAAGCUUUAACACUUAGAAGUAUGCUGAACUCUACUGUAGUGUUGGUCUGGCCACAACUCCCCCGACCCCUCCUCAAAUACGAUUCCACAUUCUCAUAAUAGUUUAGUGACAUAUAUUUGGGUCUGUUCAACAGUGUCUACCGCAAAAUUGAUAGCUUUAUUUGAAUGAUACAAAUAUAAGAGAUGUGAUGUGAUAUAUAAAUACCUUAGUUGACUUAGCACAUAUCAGUGAUUCAAUUCCAGCCAUAUGUGGCCAAUUUUAUAGUCCAUGUCAAUGAAUAAACUGGUGUACCGGUGUAUAGAAAAGUA